AUGAUUUAUUUAUGUACUAAAUUAUUAUAUAAAGGAAAAUAUAUACCUGUUGGUAGAAGAAUAUUUAGAGAAACAUUAAUAAAAGGAAGAAAACAGAAAUCUCCCAUAAUUUUACUGCCUCCUUAUAUAUCUAUACACGAACUUCGAUUAAUGCUGAAUAUAAAUUAUGAAACAUGCUUUAAAGCUGCUAAUGUAUACAAAAAUGGAAAUAAGUACACAUGGAAAGAUUCAGAUGAUAGAAUAUUUCAAACAGUUAACAAAAGAAAUGUUAUUAUACCAUACAGUGUUGCUGCAUAUGUUAGUAAAAUUUUUAAAUUUAAACCAAAACUUAUUGAAGUAGAAUUACUAUGUGAAGAAGAAGAAAAUAGAUAUGACAUGGCUCUUAUAGAUAUAUAUAAAAAAACAUACUCUAUGGAAAGAUACCAUGAAAGUAAUUUGAAAGAACAUAAUAAAGUAAGAUCAAAUAAAAAAACAGAUAUAACUAGUGUAUACAAUAAGAAUAAUUUUAAUAAAUCACCAAUUAAAAGUAAUAUACAUAAUUCAUAUGAUUUUCCUCUAUUAUCUAAUGAGGAUAAUAAAACAACUAGUGCGAAAAAAAACUAUUAUACUGUUGUAUCUAUAAUAGGCCAUAUAAAUCAUGGGAAAACUACAUUGUUGGAUAAAAUAACAAACAAUAAUUUAGCAUUAAGCGAAGCUGGUUGCAUUACACAAAAUAUAAAGCCUAUUAAUUUUGAACAAGGGCCAUUUAAGUUUACUUUUCUUGAUACUCCUGGCCAUAAAGUUUUUCAAAUAUUUAGAGGAAGAGCUGCAUUUCUUUCUGAUAUCUUAAUUAUUUUAAUUUCAUUGGAAGUAGGAGCAGAAAUACAAACAGAAGAAGCAAUUAAAUAUGCUGAUAAUUUCAAUAUUCCCGUUAUUUUCGCAUUAAAUAAAGUUGAUUUAUAUAAAGAAAAUGAAUCUAUAGUUAAAGCUGAAUUAAAAAAUCAAUGUAGAAAAAUGUAUGAUGACGGUCUUUUAAAACAUAACUUCUCCAGUGAAAUUGAUAAUGCCAUAAGUAUAUCAUCAUUAACUGGUCAUAAUUUGAAUAAGUUGAUUAAUAGAAUAUUUUUCAUUUCCCAGAAUAUAAACAUACCAUAUCAUAAUGUAAACGAUUUUUAUAAUAAUUAUGAUUCUAUUAAAAAAAAAUUUUCUCUUAAUUGUAAUAGUAAUAAUAAUCAGGAAAGUAUCAAAAAGGAAACAAAAAAGGAAAUGAAAAAUUUCGAUUUAAAUUUAUUGCAAAAAUAUAUACGAAAGUCAGAUUUUUUAUUAGCUUUAGAUAAAAAACCAUUUGGUAUGGGGAUUGUUGUAGAUAUAAGUAAGGAUUCUAGUAAAGGAACAAUUUUGAAUGUUAUUGUAAGAAAUGGGUUUUUUAUUGAAGGAAAUUAUUUUAUAUGUGGUUCCGCCUAUGGAAAAAUUCAAAAAAUGUAUAAAUUUAAUAGUGACUUUAAAGAAUGUUGCACUUACGCUUCAAUAGGAAUGGCAGUGCAAAUUUCUGGGAUUAAAAAAUAUGGAAAUGCAACAACAGAUGAUUUAAUUUUUGCUCUUCCUCAAAACAAUGCUUUUCGAUUAUGCCAAUAUAGGCUUAUGGUGGAAAAAUUAAGCACUUUACAAGUUAGUGGAAAAGAAAUUAAAGUUUCGUGGGAAAAUGAUAUGAAAAAAAAUGAAUUUCACGGAGAAGGAAUAUAUGAAAACAGACUAGAAAUGUCUGACAAAAGAAAAGCCAUUGAAGAAUUUGGAAUAGAAAAUGAGAAAAUAUUUAAUGAUGUUUCUGUAGAAGAAUUUCACAAAAGCAACACCCAACUGAGGAAAGAAGAAAAUGAAUCUAUAAAAAUUGAAUUAGAAGAAGAAUAUAAAAAUAAUAAUUUGAAAAAUAAUAAAAAAGAAAAAUUAAAAAGCAUUAUUUUAUCAGAUGACAACAACGAAAGUAUCUUAAUACCUGAGGACAACACAUUUUUAUUCUUUAACGAUUCAAAAAAAAAGGAGGCAUUUGAUGAUAACAUCUCUAAAUUUGCAAAACGUAAAAAUGAAGACAUAACGCAAGAAUUUUAUGAUCAUAAGUAUAUUGAAAAUACUGAAAAUGUAGAUAAUAAUGAUUAUAUAAAGAAUAUAUCACAUAAUUUACUGAGUAUUAAUUAUUUAGACAGCAAUGAAUCUAAGUUCAAAAAUAAUCUUGUUAGUAACAUAAACAAUAAUUAUAUGAAUACAAAUAAUGAUAGUAAAGAAAAUAUAGAAGAUGCUUAUAAUUGUUGGGAAAUUAAUAAUCAUAAUCUACAAAAAAAAAAAAAUCAUGAUAACAUAAAUAAUUCUAAAAGUGAUAAUAUACUUAAAAAGGAAGAUAAAAAAGAAAGGCAAGAAGAAGAAACGAAAAAUCAAAAACAAAAUUAUUUUAAAUAUACAAACAUUUCAUUUAAAGAAAAGCCAUUAACUGUCCAAGGAAGAAAAAAUAAAUAUAGUAAGGGUUUGUAUACAUCGGAUAAUACAUCAGCAAGUAAUGAAAAUUCAGAAAAUUCAACAUAUGAAAAUGAUCAUGAACAUGUUAAUAAAUUGAACGAACCUUGGUAUUAUGAAGAAAGCGAGGAAAGUUGGGCAAAAAAAGUAUUGCAAAGAAAUGAUGAAUUAAUGGAAAGAUGGAGAAAUAAAACAAGACAGAGAGAAAUUGAGAAAGAAAGGCAAAUUUUUUAUGAAAAACAAAUGAUAUUGAAAAACGAAAUUCAGAAGAGAAAUCUUCUAGGGGAAGAGAAGCUAACAGAAGAGGAAAUUAAUGAAUAUCUAUAUGAUAAAAAAAAAGAUACUGUAAAUACACAAGCAAAUGAAGAAAUUAAAUUACCAAAAAAAAAUCGUCCAGUAAUACCUAUUAUAAUAAGAACUAAUUACGUUGGAAUGUUUGAUAUUUUUUUAAAUGAAUUUGAAAAUCUUCAAAAUAAAUAUAAUGUAAAAAUAUCAGUUGUUCAUGGUGGUAUAGGACCUAUUACUCCAAAUGAUGUCGUUCAUGCUGAAGUAGAAAGUAAUUAUGGUUACUGUUGUAUUUAUGCUUUUCAGGUGAAAGUGUUACCUGACUCAGUAAAACAGGCAGUUCUUUCAAAUAUAGUAAUUAAACAAUUUGACGUUUUUACAGAUUUAAUAGAUGACGUUGUUAAGAGAAUUAAAAAUAUAAAAUCAUUAAUUACGCACAAUAUGUACGUAAGGAGCCUUAAAAAAGAAAAAUCACAAGAAGGAAUAUAA